AUGGCCAGCAAAUGCAUGAUCACCGCAAGUGAAAUUAUUGCAAUUGUCAGACCGAUCAUUGAUGGUAUUCAUCAUCUACUACAACAUGGCAGAGCCCUUGCCUGCCUAACUCCCGACACGGUUUUUGUGACGCAAUCUGGCAACGUCAAGAUCGGGGGGGUGGAGAAAAGCUGUCAAAUUACGACCUCGGAAAUGAAUCCUGCCACAUGGAAAGCAUAUGCCUUGGCCGAUAUCGUCACGCGCCUGAUGGCAAAGAACAGAUCCUAUGAAUGGAACGCCGAUAUGAAAACACUACCAGAUGAUCUACGGACGAUGACUAUCGAUUCACUGCUACAGGUUGGUCACUUGAAACUUGUUUUGUUAUUAUUGAAGCUAACGGCUCAGAAACCUGCCUUUGAAAACACGCCUUGUCCAGAAGAACUCGUCCUUCUUGUUACUCUGACAACAAAGACCGCAUAUCACCAGAUCGAUUCAUAUUCUGUUCGGCCAUGA